AUGCGUGUCAAGAUCAUGUUAACAUUGUGGCACUGUAGUUACACAGAUAUCCUGAACAUAAGGCCAUCGUGAAGUAAGAUACACGUACUUUCUGCCUGAUUCUUUUAUAAUAAUAUAUCAUGAUGGAUCACCUACAUCGGCUAUCAGAGGCUGUGUAUGUAGGACUGUGUCGUGAAGUAGGGAGUCCUACAGAAGUGAGGAUCAGGAGAGAAGUGAUGGACACUGUCGAGAUGGUGAAUAGACCUGUGUAUAUCAUGAGAGGAUUUGAUAGAAUGCAGAGUGGGAGUAGACGUGAGGGAUUCAGGCUGAUAACGUCAGAUGUAGAUUGGAUGUUUUGGUAUCCAGACCACAAAGUGAUAUGUGAUCUCUCUCAGAUCAGCCUUUACCGUAUUCCACAACACACUGUAAUCCUGAUGGAGGGUGAUGAUCUACCAACAGGAUUUACUAGAUUAAAUCUGAUGACUCCAUCAAAUGAUGCAAAAGUAAGUUCCUCCUGUGUAAUAAGGAAUAACAAUGUAUUCAUUUCAAGUGCAUUAUUCAGAGAUUAUCAUUUGGAUUUCGAAAGGACAUGCAAUGUUCCUUUACCCAAUGUUUUCUCUCAUGGGCCUUGUUCUACCCAUUCCAUAUUGCACGAAUUAGAGGCUGACAAUGCAUUCUGUUUCCAGUCACAUUACUGGCCUACGUCAGCACUACCAUGGAUACAGAGAUGUUGCAAAAAGGGCUGGCCAAACCUGAAUGUUAUUUCGGAUAUAUUAAGUGGAGGAUUUCAUGUUGUUCCUAUUGGAAGCGCACCUGAAAAUGAACUUGAAUGGAGAAUCUCAUUCUCUAGAGGAGAACAAACACUCGUUUAUUCAAUGAAUCACUGUCAGUUUAUGUGUUAUGGUCUCUUCAAAUUAUUUUUGAAGGAGGUAAUUAAUUGUCAAACAAAUACACCUACUCUCUGCUCAUACUUCAUAAAAACCAUUGUGUUUUGGGUCAUACAGACCAAUACUUCCUUGUCUUGGACACCUGAUAACUUACUGUCUUGUUUCUGGGAAAGCUUUAAAUUAUUGAUAUACAUGGUAUAUAAAGGGGAAUGUCCAAACUUUUUUAUUCCACAAAACAACAUGUUUCGACAGAAAGUCACUGGUUCUGUACAAACCUCAUUGUUCAGUCAAAUGUAUGAUUUGUAUUGUAAGGGGAUAUCAUGUCUACUUUUAAGUCAAACUAUGAGACCAUACAUCAGAAUUUCUAUAUUGAACAGAACAUUGAGAUUCUGUACAGACGAGAGCAGAAUUAUAUCUAAGACAAAGUUAGAUAUUUGCUUAUUUAGUGAAUUAUCAAUGUCUCAUCAUUCAAUUCAGAGCUUUGAUGAAUUUGCAGUUUGUAUUACACAAAUGGAGAGAAUGAUUAGGGGAGGGUUGACAUCGUAUCAGCCAGUCAUUAUACAAUAUAUCACAUCAAAUGUUCUAAGGAAUACUGCCAUAUACGUACAGAGAUGUAUAUAUAAAAAUGGAACUCGCAAUAAGGUUUACUAUAAAGCAAAAGUAGAUACAUUGCUUAGACUGUCGCUUAAGUUUGGCUUUUUAUCUGACAUUCUGUAUCUUUCUAUGCACUUCUACAGAACACGUAGAUAUGAAGAUUCACUUAGUUGUUUACAUAAAACACAGGAGAGGAUGUCAUUUCCGUAUGUUAUAUAUAAGGAUCAUGUUAACGUAGAUGUGUACAGACAUUGCAUGGAAAGGAAGACCCUAGGUACUAAGAUGAGGAGAGCUGUUGUGGGAGAUAUUGAUAUUUAUUGUAUCUACAGUUACCUUGAUGAACUAAUGUUUGAACAGGAGAUCAGUAAUAAUAAUGGUAUUGCUAUAUUACAUAUCCCGAUUCUAAUGAUGCUGCAUACGCUGUUUAUACUGAAUCACCACAGACUGGGUGACACUGUCAGGUCACAACAAUCUCUACAGGAUCUACACACUCUGCUGCUCUAUGAUGACGGGAUUUAUGUACCUCACCUCUACAGAGAUAUUUCGUGGCAAAUACUUGGAAUCUGUCAACAAAUCUGUGGAGACUAUUCGGGAUCUCUCCAAUCUUUUCGAUAUUCCUCACAGCAAAUACCUCUCCACAAGCUUCAGGAAGCAACAAAGUUUAGAAUUAGCAGUCUCCCAAUUGUAGCCGUCUGA